AUGUUGUUUGAGUGUCAAAUCUCAGGUCAAGAAUCUACAGAGAAAUAUCAGAAAUGUACUACACAGGUGGCUCUUUCAGGUGAUUCUUCCGCAGAUACACAAUCAUAUGAUGAAAAGCAAUGGCUUGGAGUUGCUAUGGAUGUUAAUGAGCAAGCAGGAAAGUUUAUUGUCUGUGCUCACAGAUGGUGCGAAAUUGUAUCAAAACAACUUCGGAUGGUUGGUGCUUGUUAUCUUUUGUCCACUUCCAUAAACGACCAUAAAAUUUUGGCACCAUUAUUGGACAAACCAAAGAAAAACGGUGUUUUUUACCAAGGAAUGGCACAAUUUGGAACAUCAGCCCAGUUUUCAAAGAACAAUAAGGAUAUUUUAUUUGGAGCCCCAGGAAUCUAUCAAGGCAGAGGUGGCUUUGUAAUAAAAGAUAUUUUGAAUGAUAAUUUUACAACUGUUGAUUAUUCAAAUUCUGAGAAUCACAAAGUUUAUUCCAAAGAAGAGUAUGAAGAUUCCAUGGUUGGUUAUUCUAUCACCAGUGGAAGAUUCUUUUUUAACAAAAUCCAAAUUGCAGUUGGUGGACCAGGACCUUCAACAUUUGGACUUGGCAAAGUUCUCAUCUACUCAGGAGAAAUGCUUAUUGGACGUUAUGCAGGUUCUCAGUAUGGCGGUGGUUUUGGCUCCAGCUUGGCCAGUGGAAAUUUCUCUGGAGAUGAGCACGAUGAUUUAGUUGUUGGUGCACCAAUGGAAUAUGAUGUUGUCGAUGAAGGACGUGUUUACAUCUUAAUCAGUACUGGAUUGGGAUCUUUUAUGGAAAAUAAGAUUGUGCUUGUUGGAGACAAUAUUCCUGGAUCUCGUUUUGGAACAACUGUAGCAAACAUAGGAGAUUUGAAUCAAGAUGGCAUUGACGAUAUUGCUGUUGGUGCUCCUUAUGAGAAUGGAUGCGGAGCUGUUUAUAUUUAUUAUGGUAAUUUAAUAUCUAUUGAUGAAAUAAAAAGACAGAAGAUUAUUGGCAAAUCAUUAAGCCCUGAACUGAAGGGUUUUGGAAUAUCUUUCUCAAGACCAAAAGAUGUUGAUAAUAAUGGUUACUUAGAUUUUGCUGUUGGUGCCUUUUUAUCGGAUCAGGCCGUUUUAUUGCACACAAAGCCAGUGAUUAAGAGUAACACAACAGUUCAAAGUUCACCAUCAGAAUUAAAUCCUCAGGACACAGAUUGUUUUGGAGAUAUUUUUAAAGAUGGUUGCCUGAAUUUGUCUGUCAGCAUCAAUCUGUUAGGAAAGGCAUUCAAGAAAGUUGAUCUUGAAGUCAGUAUAUAUAUUGAUGUUGAAAAAAAUGAAAACCAAAAAAGAGCUGUACUACAGAAAGCAGAAGACAAUUACAUUCAAACAGAAUUAGGCUUAAAUAACCAAUUUCAUAAAAUUUACCAGUUAAAAACAAGGAAAAGAAGGGACCUUUUCAAACCAGUUGUCAUCAAUUUAAUUGUUACUGUACAAACAAAUGAAACAGAAAUGAAUAUAUCUCCAAUUCAAGAUCUCCUGAACCCAAAUAUUAUCAAAUAUGAAAUUCCAUUCCUAAAUGAUUGUGGAGCAGAUAAAUUAUGUGCGGUUGAUUUGCAGACAAGACUAAAAUGUGAGGGUUUUGAAAUGUAUCCAAAAAACAAUGAAGAUUUAUUAAAUAUUCAAAUGCGGAAGAAAGCGGUUUUAAGUGUUAACACAGUUUCUGAACCACAAUAUAUUUUGGUCAGUCAAAAAAAAGAAUCGAAAUCAGCAACUGACAUCAAAGAUAUUACACACCAAUAUAGUUUUUAUAACAAUGGCCCAAGUGAUUUGAAAGCAGGCAAUUUUACUCUUAAAGUAUACAAAAUAGGGUCUUUAUUAAGUAAUUUGGAUCCUCAGGUUAAUAGUUCUGGAACUUUUCUACGCAUCACUUGUCUUUCAGAGACAUUUAACAACAAGCCCCAGUUUUAUGAAAUGAAAUGCCAUUUCAGAGAAUGGCUAAAAGAAUCGUUGUUUUUAAUUGAAGUUUAUAUGAAAAUGGAUAUUGCAAAGCUGGACUCAAUGUUACCAGUUGUCAAAAGUGAACUAAUAAUGAAUUCAGUAAAAGAUAAAGAUUAUGUCGAUGAUGUUGCAAUUGAAGGGAAAAUUUACUCUGUAAGCACCAACUUCCGCUCACCUGGACAACCAAAACCUGUGAAAACCUGGAUAAUUGUAUUAUGUGUAGUUUUAGGAAUUUUACUCUUACUAGGAUUCAUAGCUGGCUUAUGGAAGUGUGGCUUUUUUAAGCGACAGAAAGUGCAUCGAAUUCGACAACAUGAUGGAUCGAUGAAGCAAGAAGUCCAACCAGAUCCAGACUCGGAACCACUCAACUGA